GGGCGCGACUGCAGCCCGCUGCUGCGCCUUUAAGGGCUGUGAGGUGCCGGCUGGGAAGGGCCGCCGAGGGAUAAGGAGCCGCCGCUGCUGCUGCUGCCCGGUCCGCGUGAGAGGGGAGGGGAUUUCCUCCCUCCCCUUCUCCUCCUCGCAGGCGGCGGGGCAGCUUAGCUGAGAGCCGGGCGACAAUUCCCUCAGCGCCCGGAGGCGGGACAGCUGCCGGGCCCUGAGGAGCCGCGCACGGGGUCCCGCAGGGCUGCCCGGAGAGGAGCAGGGCGAGGGCAGGAUGCGGCUGCUGGCUCCUCCGCUUCCCGGGGCCGCGGAGCGCGCUUGGUUGGCGGCGCUUCGGAAGGCUUCUCCUCGUCCUCUUCCCGGCCGGCGGCUGCGGUAGCUGCGCGCGUGUGGCGCUGCUUGAAGGCUCGGCUGGGCAGGUCCUGCCCUGUGACGCGGGCUCCUCCUCCUCCUCCUGGCGUCCCGCUCGCUGCUGCCUCCUGGCUCGGGCGACUUCUCUCUCGCUGAGGGAGGCGAAUGUCCUUCGCGAGCCCUUCCGUCGCCGGGGCUGCUGGCUCUCGCCCCUCCGGAGAGGGAUUCUUCUUCUUGCUCCGCGUGGGCCGGCGGCGGCGGCGACCCGGAGGAGCCCGAUGCCUUGAGGCGCGCGGGGAGGCGGGGAGGGAUCCUGCCGCCACGUGAGGAGGCUUCCCCCGCCGCUCCCCUCAUUAUGGUCAGUCAUGUCUUGGCUGGCUUACUGGCUGGGCGAGCUGCAGCGCCUCUCGCUGCUCUCCUUGUUCGCGGCCGCCUUGACCGUGCUCGCCGUCUACCUGGUGCAGUGGGGCCUGGGCGCGCUGCGGCAAGGCGCCAGCAGGCAGCCCUCGCCGGCGCCCGAGCAACUUCUGCCCCCGGACGAGGGUCCCCUCUUCGCCUGGCUGCUGUCUCUGAGCAGCUGGAGGAGCCAGUGGCAGAAAGCCUGGAUAGCGGCGCUUAACCGGGAAGCCAAAGCAAGGGAGGUAAGACAAAGCAUUGAGGCGAGCUCUGCGUGAUUCCGGCUCCGUAGGGAGCUGGGCUCGCCAUCCCAUUCCCUGCAAUUCCUUUUCACCUCGCUGGUCGCGAUCUUGCCUCGCCAAACUGUGUCCUGUAGACCUGCAACUCGGGAGAAAAGGACUUGGUGCACCUGAGGAAGCGCACCGUGGUCCAGCGAAGCUUCCGCCAUCGUCAUACUUUAGUUAGUCUUGGAGGUGCCACAACAAAACUGCGUGCUGUUUUUGCUGCAAACAGACUACAGGGGAUACGCUAAGGCGCUCUGCAGUCUGGAAUUGAGCAACGACAAAUAAUGUUUACUGGGGGGGACCUGAGAACUUGCACUCAAAUCACGGUGCCAUGAGAAUUGCACCGUAAAAGCUGCUCGAUUCUUAAGUGUUGUGGGUUGCACUGGUUGCACCGAGAGCAGGCGAUUUUCGUUGACCACACACGGGCAGGACCUUUCAGCUUUGCGUAGGGAGUGGACUUGAUGUCAACAGAGUGUGGUUGAUAAGCGGCCAAACAUAAAUGAAUUGGGGCUGUACAGUUCCUUAAAAUCAGGGAGACUUUGUGUGGAGUGAUCAGUGUAAUUUUGUUUAACCUGAAAUCUAAAAUCUGAAAAAAGGGAUCUUUUCCUCCUUGCUACCAAACAACUAUUUGCAAGUAGGUUAUGUAUAAACUCUCUGGGUUUUCUUGAAUUUCUGGAAAAUGGAGCAAUUCCUUCACUAUUGUUUGUGACUUUAUCCCUUAAAACUCCCAUCCCAAGAGUUCAUUCAUUCGGCCUCCUUUUCUCCCACCUAUGGGCAUAGACAAGAUUUAUUUUAAGGAGAGGACAGGCUUUUUCUUAGGGGAGACAGAACUGAGUUAUAUGUGAUGAAAUUGGUCAGUUAAGUAUUUCUUUAUUUACUUACCGUACUUGAUUUAGGGGGGCAGCUGCCCCCCAGGAGCUCUUUAUUAUUAUUAUUAUUGCUAUUACGUUUUUGUUUCAUGAAAUUUAUAUAAAAUAUAAAUCAAAGCAGUUGUGCCGUGCAUAGUCAUCUAGCCCAUUGGUCUGCAACUGGUAGGUCACGACCCGCUUGUGGAUCAUGGCCUGAGCCAAGGUGGGUUGCAAAAGGAGCACUGCCACCAGAGGCAUACCUAGGGUCCCUUGUUGGUGCCCGCCCCUGAAAAAUCACUUUACUGCACCCCUUUGUGUGAAGGAUGGGAACCUUAUCCUAAAUUUCAGUGCUUCGCCACACACAUAUAUACGCUCCGUAGCCUGGUAGGUGAUUUUUGCUCGUGCCCCCCCAGGCCUGCAACCCCGAUGAAGGCCAGUUUCACCGACCCUUAGGCAUGCCUCUGACUAGCACCCUGCAAUUAUAUGUAUGGUAAAAGGUUAAGAAAUGCAUCCCCAAAUGCAUGUUUGGUUUAAAACUGGGUCCUGGGUCAGGAAAGGUUAAUGAUACCUGACCUAGCACGUUGCUUGUCUGUGUUCCAUUAGAUCCUAAUAACUUUAAAUCAAAAACAAAAAAACCUGCAAAUUGAACUGUAAAUUGUGAGGGGGUCAAAGGCUAGGAAGCAAGCACACUGUAGGAAAGCUGAUAGGAAAGUAACAAUGCCUUGCAUCCGUACAUCCUUUCCAAGAAAGCAACUGCAUCCUUUUUCUUUUGAUGAGUUCACUGCCUGGCAGUGCAAUGUGUUUUUACUCUCUCACUGAGCCGUCCAACUCAAAACAAUGCUGUCAUCAGGAAGCCAGUGAAACUCUGAUUUGCUUCUUCUGCUUCAUCACAGACUCGAGAAGAAUGUUAAUGUAACAACUGAGCAUACGCAACAUAUAAUAAGCAGUUUGUAGUUAAAUGUGACUCCAUUGCUAAUGUUGCAAAUUCAAGAGAUUACACACACACACACACACACACACACACACACAGGCUUGAAAUCCUAAAUUUUUAGCAAUGUAGAUGACUACUAAAUUCUCCAUCUUUCCAUGAAGGGGUGUGCUAGCUUUAUUUAUUUUACUUAUUUGUUAGUUGACAAAUGUGAACAGGUCAUUAAAAUCACAUCAUACAUGACUGAAAGUACAAAAGAGAAAGGUAAAUGUACCCAGUCUUAAGUGACCAUCACUCUUUUUAAAAAAAAUGUUUUUAUUAAAGAUUUGGGGGGGGGGGUUUACAAAAGUCCAUACAGUGUCUUACAGUUCAUAGAGUCCUUCCUACAAAUCAGUUAAUUUUUUUUGCACAUUUUAAAAUCUUGUGAAUUGUCAUAAGCCAGUGGAGCAGCAGUAGCUUGAGUGCAGGACCGAGAACAGAAAGUCUCAGCUGUUCAGCAACCUUUCCAUUGGCCACAGUUUGAGAACAUCUGCAGUAGAGCUUUCAGCACUGCUUAAAGUUUACUUGUGUUCAACAGGAGUUGUAUUCCUUUCCCCUGCCAAUGAUUGAUCAAUUAUAUUUCUAUGCUACUUUUCAUUCAAAUGAAUCCCAAAGCUGCUUAUAAAUAACAAUUCAAUAAUAGAACAUCACAAAUACAGCAUGAAUCACCAGCAAAACAAUUAUAAAUGAUCAAUCAAACAAUUGCGAUCUAUAAAACACUAUUAACAAAACUACUAAAAAAAGCUAAACAUCACAAUUACAACAAAAAUCAUAUGAUAGGAUCCAAAAAGUGCUUCAGCCUUCAUAAUCUAUAAAACAAUAACAACAGUAACAAAAUAGCAACCAAAAAUAAGCUAAGCACAGUUGAAUUCAUGCACACAUUCUCCUUACCCCAUGACUCAAGCUUUCAUGUAUAUUAUAAUGAACUGAAAGUAUGAGCAUGUAGUUUAACACACACACACACACACACACACCAGCUACAGCUGGUAAUGCCAGUUUAAUAAUAUUUGUGUAUCUGACACUCUAACAGAACAAAAAACACAUUGUGUUUUGCAUAGUACUUGAACCUCAGAAAACACAAAUAAGGAACUGGGGCUAUUCAUCCCAAUUUCAUACUUGGGCCACCCCAAAUCAUGCAAUUGCAUUUCCAGGAGAUUGCCUUGUAUGAGACAACCCAAGCACUGUAUCUUGUUCACUGCAGUUUUGUGUAAACUACUGGCAAUUAUUGUUGCAUGCCUAGCAUUCUUGGUAAUAUUUGUAGAAAUGAAUAAGGAAUUGGAGGCUGUACCCCACAAUAAUAUUUGAGCAAACACUAACCAUACACAGACACAACCCUAAGAGUGUCCUCAAUGAGAUGCAACAUCCUACAAGAUUGCCUUGGGCGAACUAGAAUCUGUUGGCCUUAGCCCCUAAUUUGCAAUUAUACAAAUAAUACUGGCCUACCCUAAAGAGUCAUUAGGAAGACUGGGGGAGUUAAUGUGAAUCCUUUGAACACUCUAAAGUGCUGUAUAAUGCUAGGUAACUUGUUGGUAAAAUUACUCUGUUUAGUAUUGUCAGUAUGGGGUGGACAUGGACUGCUCACAGGGGUUAGUUCUUAAAAGUAAACUUAUGUCCACCACAGUAUUAAGUAGCCAUUACUUGGUUUCUGUUUAUACUGAAGUAAUAAUUAGGUGACACAAUUAGGUGACGAUCUUGUAUCCACAUGAUUUAUGGCACACAUUACUAAGCAAGAUAAAUAUAAGUUGCUUUUUGGCUCUUCUAAUAUAAGCAGUUGAGCUUCUCAGGCACCUAAUUCAGAUGAAAUCAAGGAGCUGUUAUGGCAAGCAUAUUUGCAUACUUAAUUGUCAAAUAUUUCUUCCUAAAUUUAGUCCUAGGACUUGGAAUUUAGCUGAACAUCCAGCUGUUUGGGGUUCUUUGGAAUCUGUGAACUUCAAUAAUAACAUAUACUCUGAAACCCAUGCCAAACAGGGAACUGAGAACGUCAGAGCCUGCUGGAUCAGGCCAAUGGCCCAUCUAGUCUAGCGUCCUGUUCCCACCAUGUUCAUCCACCAGAUGACUGUGGGAAACUCUCAAGGAGGACUUGAGCUCAAGAGCAUUCUUCCUUCCUGUGGUUUCCAGCAACUGGAACUCAGAAGCAUUUCUGCCUUGGGCUAUGGAAACUAUUUCAAAUAAAUGUUACUUUUCUCCCCCAGGACUCCCGCUUGUUUACAUUUGAAGAACAUGCAGCUCCUCAGCCUCUAGAGCUUGUGGUACAACGUGUUGUAAGUGUGGUAAAGUCUGCUGAUGAAAAGGUGAGCUUGCUUGACCUGAUAGUUCCUUACUUUGUGGGUCUCUUGUCUCGUUUUCCCAUCCCCACCAAAAUGUAUGCAUUUGAAUUUCUGAACCCUAGAUCUGGGUCAAGGACAAUUUUAAAAUGAUACAUAUCAGUCAGUGUAACAAUUUGCUAUUUUCUUUAUUGGACUGCACACCCUAUCUUUGUCUGUCUGUCUCUGAUUGCCUUUUUCUUUUAUGAUCAUUAAUAUACACAAAUAAAGUGGUCUGUACUAAAAAUGCAGUAUGCCCCUAUGCAACUGGUUAAUAACUUGCGCUCUUAGAAACUGCAUUCCAUAAAAUAUGAGCUAUACAAAUAUAAAGACCAGGAAUGGAUAUAUAAUUGUAAGGGCUGUAUUUUGUUUUUCUAAGAAGCAUAUGCAUAGUGUUUUAGCAUCUGAUGUUGGAAUAGAAGCCCUGUGAAUACACAGAAAGCCCUAGGUAGAAUCUGAAGUAAUAAAAACAUUACAUUUUAAGAACUCUGUCUUUGUUAGUAAUAUGCCAACCGACUUGGUUGUCAGGCUCCUGAUGUGGUUGGCAAACUACAUAGUGUUUAAUUUAACUGGUACUACAAAAAUUUUUAGGACUGCUUUUUUGCAAGGCUGUUCUCACUGGAGUGUACCUGAAAUCACUCCAGUGAAGAAAAUUAUUCGCAAAUCAGGCACAAGUAUGCUAGGAAUUGACAUACCAGUGUCUCCAUGAGAAGCAAACACGAGCACAAGUCCUUCUGGCUUCAAAAUCUUUGAGUAAGUUGCAGAAGUACUCCUGUGAGCAAAGGUAAUAAUAUCAAAACAGGAGUAGGAUCAAGGGUUCAAUUUAAUCCCCUGUAAACAAGCCUAGUCUGAGGUAUGCCUUCAUCUUGUAGGCUGGCCUUUCUGGAUGGAGUUACACUUUUAUCUCUCUGUUCCUGCUGUUCUUAGCUUAAGGCACACCCUGAACAAAGUUCACAUAAUAUUGUCUGUAAUUUCCAACUGUUGUGAACUGUGGGAGUGGCACUCUGCAGACUUUCACUUCAUUGUUAAAUACAUGCUUUUCUCUAGCAGUGGGUGUGUCCUCUCAGUCACGUGCCUGUGAAUAUUGAUAACAGAAAAUCAUACAGUAGCAAUAAUCCUCUUUUAUAAUUUUCUUGCUAUGGCCAGGAUUAGCUUAUAUUGACAAAUGCAAUGUGAAGACUUCUUCAGUAACAGCCUGAAGUAGCAUAACUAUUCAUACACGCUGUGCCUUGUUAACCGAUUUCUUUGUUGGAAUACUUUACUGCUGAUGAAUAGCUACCUAGCACUAGUAUGAGCUUUUGUGUGCAUGCAUAGACACUCUUCUAUCAAUACAGUCUUUCCCAAUUUGCUACUUGUGAUGUUUCUCACAAAAAGUUUGGCCAAACUGUGCAUCAUGCUGGUAAAUAAACAACCUUUUCCAUGUUAGCUAUGUAAAAUUUGCACAGAUCUCUUAAUGACAGGAUUAAUGACUAGGGUUAUGCUACUCUGCUUUUGAAAGUUAGCAGACAAGAAAUAGUUAAUAGGAAUUGCAAGGCAAACCUGUUCUUGGGAAAGAGAAUAGCUUGAGAAAGAGAAAUAUGUGCUUCUAAUAGCCUUCGCCAUUAUUAUUUGCAAAGGUUGUGGGAAAGGAAUCUGGGGCAGGGAGAAAAUGUUGUACUCUUGCAGGUAAGCCUAGAGGCGAAUAGUGGUGGUUCAUUGGUCUGGUCUUCAGCAGAAGCCAGACUAAUAAUGGUAAUAAGAAAGCGUCUUCUUAAUUUUGUCUGACCAUCCUGAGCUAACCUUCACAAAUCUCUCUGUGGCUGAAAAGCAAGCAAGUUAAAUAAUAUAUUUGUGCAUUCUAAUAGGAUGUUGAAAAUCUGUCAGGCAGAUGAAUUUGCAUUAGAGGCUGAUUGUAUUAAUAACUAAACUUAGAGCCACAAACAGAAAGGGCAUGAUUUACAAAUUUUAAAAAUAUUGAUUUCAGUUAAAUGGCAUGGCGGAGAAAAAAGUGAGGGGGUUCUGCUUCUGCCUGUGUAAAGGGUCCCCCCCCCCCCUCUAAUGAAGCAGAGCAACUGGUCUGUUAAGAGCAUGUUGCAGAAAAUAACUGAGCUAGUUCCCUAACUUAAUAUAACUUCCUGUUAAAUUUCAUUUUCUGGUUAUUUCAUUUGACACCCCUUGUCUCCCCCCCACAAACACAUACAUUCAAAAUUCCAUAGAAAGUUGAGUGUGUCAGUUUUGGAGGAAAGGAAAAUGAAAUGGGUGGGGAGAGAGUAGGAACUGACCUGCUGAAGCCCCACACAGCUUGCAUCCUGGUUGUGGGGGAAACUCCCUGAACAAUCCAGGGCAGUUUCAGGAGGGAGGGAAGAAAAAACGCCCACCUCUUCCCUUUCCCUAGAAACUUCCUCAUUCUCCAAUACAGUGCAAGGCAGGGUGGAGUGAUUGGACUCAGGGCUAGCUCUGCAUAGCAACGUAGGAGGGAAAGGUGUCAGGAAUGUGGGAAAGGGGGAAAAAAACUCUACUUCUCUCUCUCCGCUCCCCUACAAAUCCCAAAUACUUGCUGGAACAUUGAAUGCUCUUGUCAGCAGCUGGGCAUAUAAUGCACCAUUUUUAGUUGCAGGUCCUCACUUCUUUGUUGUAUUUCUGUCUUUAGAAGAAUAUAAUUUUGGUUCUAAAAUUAGACUUUUUGAUACAAUGGACAGUAUUAUAUGCCAGUUGUAUUCACCUGAGGAGGUGGGGGAGAGGCCUCCUUUAAUUUUAGACUACAUGUGUUGCCACAAUGAAAGCUUGAACUCUACUGUCAGUGAGUGACAGUCAAUUACAUAAAUGCACAUAAUAGUGUCCUAUAUAAAUGUGUGUAUGCAGUCUCUAAAGCCAAGUUUUACUUUUAUUCCAGGUGGUCUCUUGUAAUGUAAUUGGAAAUGCCUUUCAUUUUAUUGUCAGUAUGCCCAAUCCUUCUUCUGUUUCUUCAUCUGUUACUUCGGAAUGUCAGUCUUACAGUGUAAAACUGUCUCCACUUCAUUUGCAGGUAAUUUGUUUUGCUAAAUUUUACCUAUAGUUUUAUUUAUUUCUAUUAUUAGGUUAGCCCAGAUAGUCUAGUAAGUGGAACUUUUGAAAAGUCCUCCUCGGGUUUAAUAUUGACUGCAUUUGAAGAAUUCUGCUAACCAUGGUUUAGAUGUGUAGGCUCAACCAUUCCUCCCCCCCUUGCAUGCAAAGCUUAAGUCAUUACUUUCUUAUUGAAUCAAACCAUAGUUUGCCAGUACAUCUGAACUUAAUAGCUGUAGUUUGACUGAACCCUCAGAACCAGGAUUCUAAAUAUAAACAGAUAUGGAGACAUUAUGAAAUGUUGUGUCCCUAAUAUGCAGUUAGUGACUGCUAUGGCUCAGCUUUUAGCAAGCGUGAAUUAUAAAUGAUGGCAGGUUAAAUUGAUCUGAUUGUUUAUGGUUAUCAGUGAAUUGUGUGGGUGACUGGGCUCCCUUUGUGGUUAUGGAAGGCAAAAAAAAAUCUACAAGCACAAAAAAGCCAAUGCAAUUCUGGGCUGCAUCAAUAGGAGUAUAGCAUCUAGAUCAAGGGAAGUAAUAGUGCCACUGUAUUCUGCUCUGGUCAGACCUCACCUGGAGUACUGUGUCCAGUUCUGGGCACCACAGUUCAAGAAGGACACUGACAAACUGGAACGUGUCCAGAGGAGGGCAACCAAAAUGGUCAAAGGCCUGGAAACGAUGCCUUAUGAGGAACGGCUAAGGGAGCUGGGCAUGUUUAGCCUGGAGAAGAGGAGGUUAAGGGGUGAUAUGAUAGCCAUGUUCAAAUAUAUAAAAGGAUGUCACAUAGAGGAGGGAGAAAGGUUGUUUUCUGCUGCUCCAGAGAAGCGGACACGGAGCAAUGGAUCCAAACUACAAGAAAGAAGAUUCCACCUAAACAUUAGGAAGAACUUCCUGACAGUAAGAGCUGUUCAACAGUGGAAUUUGCUGCCAAGGAGUGUGGUGGAGUCUCCUUCUUUGGAGGUCUUUAAGCAGAGGCUUGACAACCAUAUGUCAGGAGUGCUCUGAUGGUGUUUCCUGCUUGGCAAGGGUUGGACUCGAUGGCCCUUGUGGUCUCUUCCAACUCUAUGAUUCUAUGAUUCUAUGAUUCUAAAAUAUUCAGAUUCUGACAAUGGGAAAUUCCCAGUACUUGCUUGAUGAAUUGCAACCAUUGUGAAUUGCUGGAAGAACUAGUAAAAUUAGGGUACAAGAUCUGUUAAUGGGCAAAACUAAAAUGGUAAUGAUAUCGUAUUUACAGCUGAAACUUUCAAUGAAAUCCAAAGAGGAAGACAUUCAGGUCAAGUGGUCUUUCAUCUGGACCUCAGAAACAAACACUGAAAUUAAGCCUACUAAAGUACAGGAAGUAAGUCUGUUAGUAUUUGCUUGUGUCUAGCACGAUUUCCAUCAAAACUACAUGUUAAAUUAAUGAUUAUGUUUGCAGCAGCUUAUGCAAAUUUGAUUCUAACUUUUUAAAUAAUUACUAAUACCUUGAUCUGACACCUAGAAAGACUUGCUUCCAAGGCAGCUUACUUAGGAGAGGAUGUAUAGCUGCAAUCCAUGGCAUAUUGGCUUGGAAGCAUGGCUCUUUGAAAUGAUUCAAAUUAAAUGUUUAGGUGUCAGUUUUGCAUGAGUAAUUAUAAGCCGCUGCUUCCAAUGCUCACCUUUAAUAAUAGUCUACAGAUAUUUUAAUAUUUGCCUCACAGAGAACAGUGAUUAACUCCACACACCCAACGAGACUUCUUUUACAUUCCCCACCCCCUUUGAGGAUUAGUUUCCUGCCCCACACACCAAGCUUGGAAGACUUAAAAGCACUUUGUGAUGCAACAAAAAGGGCCGCUGUUUGCCCAAAAUUGUGUACUGGGGGGAUGUUAUGGAUGGCCUUCUCAUCCUACAAGGGGUUUUUAAAAGCUCUCUCUUCUAAAAGUCAAGGUUGAGAGACCCCACCUGAGUGGCAGCAUUUAUGGGGGUCAUGCUACUAAAAUAUCAGAUAGGAGGCAGGAUUGGAUUUAGCUGCUGUGUCUCCCGCUGAAUAUUCAGAACUAGAAAAGGGGCACUAAAGCAAAUACUGGUAUUUAAGUUGUUGCAGUGCAACUUUUAGGGGUAAGAAUAAGGAGGUUAGCAGAGGGGUGUACAUGACUGAAGUAUUGAAGAACAGUGUGUGUUCCAAGGGUGUUGACAACAUGCAUACAUGACCUGUAUCUUACCCUAGUCUUAGCUAAAGGUGAUAUUCUGUUGUCUUAGUCAUUAUCCACAGCUAAAUGUUGCACAUGGAUCGGCAUCUGCACAAAGGAAUUGCUUUUUUAAAAUAAUGCAGAGAAUUGUCAAGGUUGUUCAGAGUAAAUGAUGCCUUCUCCUUAAAUAGUCAUAAUGCAGCAUUAUGACCACAGACCCUUCUUGGUGAGCGGUGUGGAUCAGCAAUUUUAUUAAUGACUUGUGGGGCCUUGCCAGGAAGCAAGAUGCAAGCAAGAGAUCAGUGUGAUCUCUUGCUUGGAUCUUGGCUGUUUUAGACUUGGCUUUUGACAAAGUUGCUCUAAUUGAGUGCAUCAUGGCUUUACAAACUUUCUCUUUGCUGUAAGUAAGAGCAUAGGAAAGGAGCUUAUGUCUACACAUAUUUCCAUUUUCCUGAUGCAACUUAAGCCCAGAGAAGUGGAGCAAAAAUCUGUUUUUGUUCAGUACAGUGCAUGUAGAGCAAUAUAGCUGUGGUGUCUUUCGAAAGUGAACCAAGCUUCUGAAUUUUACAAGCAGUGCAAUGUAUCAAUGUAUUCUUCCUUUUUAGGACCAGACAGCUGGGGCAUGUGCAGUAUCAGAAACACUUAAAGGUCUGCUGCGGUAUCUCAUAAAUUCAGCAUCUCCCUCUGUGAUUCUGAGUACAAAACCUACAGAUGUAAAGGCAGUGCAGGUAUUUAUCUAUUUUUAUUUUAAAGUCUGUUUUUAUUUGUCACUGCUGUGCCUCCAUCUUCAUUAGUGCUGUGGUAAGUUAUGACUCAGGGCUUUGGCUAAAUCUAUUUGUCCAGUUCACACAUAUGUAUGACUGUUGGAAGUUAACUGAUGUGAACAUAAAUUGCUUGGAGUUAAUCUAAAACAAUCUUAUUUGUUUUGCUUCCUUUUAAUAGAAUGUACAAAAAACAGGUGUUGUGCCUCAGGGCACCAGUCCUCCUAAACCUCCAAGGGCUCAUGAACUAAAACUGCUGAUGAAAAACAUCAAAGCUACACUGACAAAUCAAAGCAUUGCGGGUAAAUAACUUGGUUUUACUUCCCUUUGUCCCCAUAUUAUAAUCUCUUAAUUCUGCAAAAAUAACAAGCAGUGGUCACAAAUUAUAUCCCAUAAUUGCAGAGAAAGGCUUGGGCUUUGCCUCAGGGAUACAUGACUGGUUGAGAUUUGGUUUAUUCUUUUUCCUCUCUGAAGCUUCAGGAUUUUGUAUGUAGGGUGGAGAACUCUCACAAGGAGGCACAUCGUAUGGCAAGCUAACACCUCAAACAAAUUGCUUUCUUUUCUUUUGAGUUGCAGUUCCAUGUGUGGACUCCAGGCCCUUAGGAGACAUUUCUCAACACUCUUGCCAAAAUAAAAUUCCCAGAGUUGCUUCUGAGGUUAGGAAAGAACUUGCCUUGCACUCUGAACACUGGGUGGCCUAUACCCCACUGGGAAGCACCCCAGAGAGAUGUGAACUUUCUCUUUUAUGUAGAGUGAACUCUUCAUUGAUCUCUGUAAUAUGGGCCUUCUAUAAUAAUACUUCUUAAAAAUAUUAUUUUUAACUUCAGUAGAGAAAAAUAUUUCUCUCCAGCCAUCCUUUUUCAUACCUUACAUUGCUCAUAUGUUUCUUCACUGAUGACAGUAUUUUAAUAACUGAAACACUUUCUUCUGUUGUAUUAACUAGAAGUGCCUUACACAACUCAAAACAUCAGAACAGCCAAAAGGUAUAGGUGGCAUUACAUUAUGUGUGCUGUGAACUGUGCAGCCUGUUUACGAGAAGCUGACUUAAAAACUUGCCCAUCAGGUUUUGUAAGGUUCUACAAGUCUAUGCUUGCUUGUUUCCCUAACUUCAGGGCAGGCCAGAGUUAAGGGUAGAGAUCUUCACCUUGCCUUUGCAUACUGUUUUUAACUGAUUGUUACCCCUAUUUUCCAAAUCUUGGCCGAAUUUGGAUGAUAAUUGAUCUUGGAGCAGUAUAGUCUUUGACAGUCUUGCUUUUGUUGUGAUUUGAAUCAUGGUUUGGUUGUAUUUUUCCUAAGGAAGACCUAGAUGAAUGGCUAAUAGGCUCUUUGAGUCUCCUGAGCAGCUUUCAAACAUUAAAACAGUUUUUUUUAGCAUACAUCUAAAAUUGCAUUUCUGGCUACUAAGGGCUUGAAUCAAAAGGGAAAUGGAGGCUUUUGUUUUGAAAAUAAUCUGUAUUUGCCACUGUGCACACAGAACAUUCCCCUGCCCAAAGAUGGAGUGAUUAAGCUUCUGCUCACAGGAACCUUCCCGAGUUCCUAACUUCAUUCUUGUAACUUUGCUUCUGCUUUGUUGUCAUGUAGAUAACAGACCUUGCACUGCUAGCCAUGUUGGUACAGGUUAUACUUCUCACACAACUCCCAAAGGGUUUCUUGGAUGAGGUCUCCUGCCAGUAGUUCACUCAAAUGUGAAAAGCAUAAAGAGGUACCUUAAGCAAUUCUCACUUGAAACAAACUCCUCAUCUUUUACCUUCAUUGCAGGUGGCAUUAGCCCAGUAUGUAUAAUCCAGCUCAAUGACCCUUUGCAGAAGUUUUCAAGCUCUGCAGCCAAUAGUCCCAUGGACUUCUCUUGGAAAGAUGAAUUCAUCUUGUAAGUUCUGAUUUUAAUAACACUAUAAUAAGCACAGUGGGAAAUGUUACACCUUCUAUUAUCCUCCAGAUGUCACUAUGGGGCAGGGGAAAAUCCUAUCUGCUAAGCAUUCAUAAGUUAUCAUAUUUCCUAAAUAUUCUAGUGCCAAUGCUUGGGGACAGGGCGGGGGAAGUCUUAGUAGCUGUUUGUUUUAAACAAACAUGGGUGGCUCUUGGGUUGUCCAGUGAAGAGCGAUUAAAUGAGAGAGGUUGUAGUUUCUUAAUUGUUAGCAGCUUAAUACAUUUUCAGUAUUACUGAAGACAAUACAGUGGUCUUACCAAAUAAGUUCUUUUUUUACUUUUUGGGAAAUUUGAUAUACUGCAAUAAGUGAGGUGUGUGGAGAGGUAAGUUUUUUAUUUUUCUUGCAAGGUUCUUAUACCUUUUAGCAGUUAUUUUGGCAGACAGGAAUCCACCUUGUGAAACUUUCCAGGAUGUGGAUAGGCUGUAGUCAGUAAUCUAUAUUGCAAAAUAUGAAACUAUAUGACAGUUCUAAAAUGCUUUUUUUCUGUUCACAGUGAAUUAAAUGCCAAAUCAAAAGAACUGCAAGUAAAGAUUGUAGAAAAAGGGGGACUGGAUAGUAAGUAUUGCAGAUAAAUUCAUUUUAUGUGUCUAAUCUUUUAUUUCUGCAACAACAAUCUAAUAGGAUGCUGAUCUACUAGUGGAUUCAUGUACAGAUAGAUUUCAAUGCAUUUCUUUUCUUUUCAAUGUAGGUGGUUUCUCAGCUGUGGCUGCUGUACCUUUGGACUUGUUCAGGAGACAGCCUUCUGGACACAAAGGUUUUGCACUGAACAGUCAGCUCGGCAGUAGUAGCUCUACUGUAGGAUCUGUUACUGCAGAGGUAGAAUUUUAAGUUUAUAAGCUGGCUUCUCGAACUAGUUUUUUCCUUCUGACCCAACCAGUUUUAAUCAGCUCCCAACUCCUUGCUUUCAGGCAGCUAUUGAAAACGAAUGGCUUUCCCUGAAAUAUGACUCAGGUGUAUACUCAAUUUGCAUAAUUUGGUGCUUUGGAAACAUUUCAUAGGAUCAUAGAAUUAUUGAGUUGGAAGGGACCACAAGGGUUCUCUAGUCCAACACAGUUUAUAAAUUCUUUUAGUAAAUGGUAGACAUGUAUACCCUGCAAAAUAGCUAACGAUAAUGCAAAAAUUACUCUUUUUAUGUACAUGAUUUCCAAAAAUCAGUGGGACUGUGGUGUCAUACAUUGCAGGUUUUCCCCUUACAUGUGGCCUAUCCAAAUUUUAUCACCAAUUUAUCGCUACUGAACUGUCCUUAAUUGAAUUUUAAAAUCCUAACUAUUUUUCUUCUUUAGUUCUUAUACAUAGAACCUUCAGAGUCCAGAACUUUGCAAGUUCCCCCCAAGAUUCCUGUUGCAAAAGUAGAGAAAGAUCGAACUGUGAUGCCUUGUGGGACUGUGAUCACUACUGUUACUGCUGUGAAAGCCAAGCCUUUAAUAGAAGGGAGACCAUCUAUUCUGCAUUCAGGUGAAAGAAUAGAACACAACUUUGGAUUGCUCCCAAAGCUUGACUAAAAAAAAAAAGCAAUUCUUUGGUACAUUUUAAAGUUGUAUGAAAGGCAGGUAAUAAAUUAUCUAAUUAUCUGUGGCUCUGGUACAUGAUGAUGUCACACAAGGUUGGUUCCUGUACCAGUAUAGCCUGCUACUGAGUUCUGCAAAUAGCUGCAUAAGUUCAAAAAUUCAUACACUUUAUCAUCUAGCCAAUUACUUUAAGUACAUAUGCCAGCAUGUGUAAAUACUGAAAUAUUGUUGAAAACAAGGAAUUAAUGUGGAAAAAGAUUGCAGCUUUUUUCAUAUCCUUUCAGGAAGUGAUGGGUACAAGGAGUAAAAAUUUCAAAAAUGUUGUAAGAAGCUGCUAACAUAAGAAUUUCCAUAAGGUUUAUUUUCUUAAUUUUUGUGCGUGGAUAGCUUCACCAAGUAUUACCAAGUUGGCACAACUGGUGCUGUUGUCCUGGCGCUAAAUGAAUGCUGCAUAAUGGAGCGAGAGAAGCGGGGGGAGCACCAAAUUUUGGAGUCACACAGGGAGCAGCUGAAAUUUGAGAGCCUAAAUUCCACCACUGACCAAGCACUUACCUUUAUACUUAAGAGAUGCAUUUUGAACAGUCCUUGGAAAUGAAUGAGAAGUUAGAAAUGUAUUGGUGACCAGAUGAAAGGCAGGCUGCCAUCAGGGGACUUGGAAACUUAAAAGACAUCUGCAAUACAUUCUUUCGUGUGUGUGUGUGUGUGUGUGUGUGUAUGUGUGUGUGUGUGUGUUAGCUAUAUUGUAGCACAGACAAGAAAACAGAGAAGGUCUGCAGCAUGUGUUCAACUUUAGAACCAUUUGUUUUCUUUAGUCCUGAGACUAUAUUCACACACACACACACACACAUGAUUGAAUGUCCAAGUAAUAAAAUCCUAUUGCAGCAAUGAAGAAGAUGGAUUGUUACUUUUACUAAUUUAUGAGACGUCUGUUUAAAAUCUGCCAUGUCAGUCCUUCAGCCUGCAAGUGGAGAGAUCCACCAUGCAUGAAUUAUAAAUUUACUAUAGCAUAAAAGGCAUCUGUGCAAUGUAACUCUAGGCUCACUUUCAUAAUAAGUGUGAUUUUUUUACAGUGAGAAAGUGCUAACACUAGCUGACUGGCUUGAAUCACAAUAAAAUUAAUCUGGCUUGCACUUUUCACAAAUUGUCAAGAAUGUCCAGUUCUGUGCCUAUUGAACUCGUGUCCUGCUUUUGCAUCCAUGACCUAGUGAGGUAGCUUUUAAAAUGUGCCAAAAAAUAUAUAGAAACUCCAAAAAUGAAGACCAGAAUGGUUAAAGUGCUGGUCUGUGAGCCGUUCCAAUAUAUGUACCUGUUUUACCCAGCAAGACUGUUACCAGUUUUGGUGAAAGGAUUUUGGAAGGGAGAAAUGUCAUGGGAGGGAAGAAUUAAAAAAGCACUUCCUAGUGUUUAGACUCAAUCUGGAAAUCCCCAGAGCUGUUUUUAAGGGUUUUGUUGUUGUUGUUUUUGUUGUUUUUUUUAAGUUGCCAGUAGAUUGAAUCAUGGAACUUGCAUGUCUUGCCUAGUAGACCUUUAUUAAGGAAUAUAUUUUGAAAUAUGCAGAUGAGAAAAUAACUGAUACUGUGUGUAUUAGAUUCACCAAUCCGAAGUCCUGUUAGAACGAAGGUGAUUGAAAAGGAUUUGUCUGUUCAGGCAAUCCAUUGCCGGAAUACUUCUUCAGUAAGCAAGGCUUUAUCAUCAUCAGAUACUGGUAAGUUAUGGCUAAGAGAACUGGGCUAUGGUUGUAAGGCAGCUCCUUACCUGAUGCAUCAUCAUGUAAACCUUAUGUCUUGUUUUACUUGUGCAAAGGCUCACAGAGACCUUUAAAAAUAUUAACAUGUAAAUAAAUAGCAUUAAGUUUGAAAGUUGGUCUGUCUCUAUAGACACAACUCAAACAUAAGGGUCAUAGCUGAAUUAUUAUUAUUCAUUAUUUAUAUCACCCUUCACCUGAGGAUCACAGGAUGGUUUACAAUAUAAAAACACAAAAAUACGUAACAUAGUAACAAACAAAAACAAUACCCUCCCUCCCCAUUUAAAAGGCCAUAAAUCGGCUAAUUAAACAAAGGCCUGGGAGAAGAGGAAUGUUUUUGCCUGGCACUAGAAAAAUGUAACAAAGGUGCCAGGUGAGCCUGCCUGGGGAGAGCAUUGCACAGACAGGGAGCCACCACAGAAAAGGCCUGUUUUCGUGUUGCUGCCCUCCAUAUCUUUCACAGAGGGGAUACAUGAAGAAGGGCCUCUGAUGAUGAUUGCAGGUUUCGGGCUGGUUCAUAUGGGGAGAGGCAGUCCUUGAGGAAUUGCAGUCCUGAGCCGUUUAAGGCUUUAUAGGUCGAAACCAGCAUUUUAGUGGAGUGCACUGGAAAAAAUAUUGGUAAAUCAAGGCUUGGUUUACAUAACUGGCUUUCUACUAGAUUCCUGCUUUGAUUCUUUGUGUCUUCAGUUGUUGCCUGCAUCUUGUCUGCAUCUUGUCAUUCUCUUAAUCACAUUCUUUUCAGAGCUGCUGGUGCUGAAUGGCACAGAUCCUGUGGCUGAGGUAGCCAUUCGGCAACUAAGUGAAUCUGCAAAGCAAAAACUCAAGUCUCCCAGGAAGAAAAGCACGAUCAUAAUAUCAGGGGUGUCAAAGGUAAGAUCAAUCAGCAUCCCCUGAACCCCACCCUUUGCAUAAUUUCCCCCCCUCCUAGAAUUUACUUUUAAAACUAAAUAAAUUUCUUGCUAAAAGAGCAGAAUAACAAAAAAAUCCCCCAAGGGUUUGGACAUGCCUAGAACAGCUCCUCGGUUCCUAUACGUUUUUCUCAACCAGUUUUAUCUCUGCAUCUCUUUUGUUUUACUGUUCCAGACUAAUUUAUCUCAGGAUACUGAAGCUGCACUCAUGAUGGACUAUGCGGCAGCCAUGGAUGGCUCCUAUAAGCAAGAUGAGUCUUCCAGUGUAGAAGGGUCUCUUGCACAGUCUCCUUCCAAUGAAAAACUCUCACUGUAUGUAUCCCAAACAAUACCUGCCCAUGAAGAUCCCCAGGAAAACAGCCAUGAUGCCUGGACUUUAGAUGACAGUAGCGAACAAUGGCAGAGCAAUGCACUACUAGACCAAGACUGUGAUAAGAUGUCUGGGAGCUCCAUAAGCAUCUCGGAACCUGGAACUGUGAAGAAAUCCAAAGGUAAUGGGAUUUCUCUUGGAGCUUUUUUUUUUAAUAAAAUAAAAUUAUGAGCACACUUUUUAAGCAGUUUCAUGACCUUUUCAUAAUUAAUUCUACAUAUAAACUUGUUUAAGAACACCAACUUUUCCCCUAUUCUAGUUAAUGUGUCUGCAUUUAUUCAUCUCUCUGCCUUAGUAAUUGGGUGCCUCAUUCAAAAGUGGUACCCUUGAGAAAGUAGUUUUGGCAAAAAGUAUCUACGUAAAAGGGCUUCUAAAGAACGAUGUACUCAGCUCUAUAUUUAUUGCUUGUUUUAUAUCAUUUUAUUUAUGAAACAUAUCCUGUCCUUCCUUCCAAAGCAGACCAGGGCAGCAAAGUGUUUAGACUUUUUAUAAGUUUUCUAUAAUUGCAAGAAUUGCAAUGAGCAAUUCUUGUAAAACAUCCACAUAUUACUUUAGUUUCCGUUGUACUUCAAUAAUUCAUUCAUGUUAUACCAUCUUUAUUUUUCUUACUUAAAAAAACCCAGCUUUAAUAUAUCCUAAAUAAAGGUGUUCAAGCACUUUAAUAAGAGCUGUUGCACACUACCCAAUUAGUAAGUACAUCAUGUGUACUUGUGCAGUGUGUACUGGUAGCAUACCCUGUAACAUAAGAGAUGGCUAUAUGUUCUCUCUCUUUUAAAUUAUGCUCAAUCUAUGAAUAUAAACUACAGUGGUACCUCGGGUUAAGAACUUAAUUCGUUCUGGAGGUCCGUUCUUAACCUGAAACUGUUCUUAACCUGAGGUACCACUUUAGCUAAUGGGGCCUCCCGCUGCCGCCCCGCCGCUAGAGCACGAUUUCUGUUCUCAUCCUGAAGCAAAGUUCUUAACUCGAGGCACUAUUUCUGUGGGUGGUGGGACGCGGGUGGCGCUGUGGGUUAAACCACAAAGCCUAGGACUUGCCGAUCAGAAGGUCGGCGGUUCGAAUCCCCGCGAUGGUGUGAGCUCCCAUUGCUCGGUCCCUGCUCCUGCCAACCUAGCACUUCGAAAGCACAUCAAAGUGCAAGUAGAUAAAUAGGUACCACUUUGGCGGGAAGGUAAACGGCAUUUCCAUGCGCUGCUCUGGUUCUGUACGCCGGUUCCUUCGGCCAAUAAAGCAAGAUGAGUGCCACAACACCAGAGUCGGUCACGACUGGACCUAAUGGUCAGGGGUCCCUUUACCUUUACCUUUACCUUACUAUUUCUGGGUUAGCAGAGUCUGUAACCUGAAGCAUCUGUAACCUAAGGUACCACUGUACUGUCAGCAAAACUAACUACAGUUCCCCCCAAUGCAUACAGACAACCCAAGGCAAGUCCUGUGACACUUUAAUUGAAAGUGGUGAGUUUGUACAACUUGGUAUGUGAAGCAGCUCUAAGAGCGCCACGUGCAAAAGUAUGACUUCUUAUAUGCAGUGCUUUUUUUCUUUAAAAUUGUUUAGGGGUACACUCAUUUUGACUCAAGAGUAUCACCAUUUUGUAGUUCAAAUUGGGAAAAAGAAAUACAGUAAAUUGACAAAAGUACAAAGAUUCACAAAAUGUUUAGGGGUAUGUAUACCCCUGCGUCCCCCCAGGAAAAAGCACUGGUUAUAUGAAUUCUAAAUUUGGUAGAAAAAAAUGGGGUGCUCUUUAAAAAUGCAAUAGUGUGACAGCCUUACAGUGUGGGUGGUGGUUCUUUUUAAUCUUAGUUUGAGAAGUUCAAGAGCAGGGAUUUUUAAAAAUGGAAAAUUAGGGUAUUUUAUAUAUAUAUAAGGAAGACAUAUAUAUAAAGCACAACUUCAGGUUCUCAGCCAUUGUUACCAAACUCAGUAUAACUUGGAACUUGCAUAUUUUGACUCUUCAUUGUAUUUACCUCCUUACCUAUAUUUCUGACUCCAAAUUUCUUACCUAUUCUCUUUGUAAACAUAAGUGGACCACUAUGCCAACCAGAAUUAAUUGCCUACACAGUAAGUUAUCUGUCUUGAUGUUUUUGAGAGUGUGUAGCUUUACUGUGAGACACUUAAUAUAACUUGAAUAACCUUUUACUUAAAAAAGAAAACCAAACCAAGAACAUUUCACCUGUUUCUUUCAUGGCUAUACUGAUUACCCCUCCGAAAGGUGUCUGUAGACAUAACCAUUAAUAUAGGUUGUAUCUCUAGCUUAGUUGGUACACCUGUUAGUCUGUGUGAAUGAAUUUUCCUUAAGACAACUGGAGAAAUUGUCUUUCCUCUGCUUGCUGCUUUUGCCCUCUUCACCUAAAGCCCUUCCUCCCUGCCAUCUAGGCUCAGGUAUCAGAAGUAGGCCCAGCCAGAAGAAAAGCUUCUGUGAAAAAUAGUUGCAGACGGAAGGCAGUGAGUGGGGAGAGAAUUCAGCACCCUUUGCCUGCAUGUUCCUUUGGUGCUUUAAAUCUCACCCACUCUCUGCAGAAGUGAUUGGGGCAGAAGCAAGCUGCAUUAGAAGACAAAAGGACUGUCACAUAUCAUUUCAAGUCACUUGCAAAGCACUUGUCAUUCUGAGCUGCAAUGCACAGAAUCUAGUCCGUUUGGAGCUAGAAUUCAUUAACUGUGGAAAUAUAACGCUCAUGCAUGGAGGUGCUUUGAAAGAGAACAUUUUCUCUCAAAGCCAAGCUCUCUGUAACGUGUUACAAACUUAGUUCUUGUAUCAAGAGUACAAAAGAGGUGUGUGUGCAUAGUAAUAGCCACUUCCCCCAUCUUAAAAAUAAAACUAAAAAGGAAUUGGCCUCCCGGAUGUACUUUGAAAGGGAAGUGGUUCUUUGCAUAUGUGUGUGUAUGCCUUCACGUCUACUGCGAUAAGAAAAUAUUUUGUACUCUGCAAAUUUUAGUAUCCAAAGAAGCCCAAAAGUCAUUCUGCACUACAGAUGUGAAGGCUCCUCCUGCUGGAUAGGACCACUUUCUCACUGUGCUCACAGAACCUUUCUUUGCAUGACUUGGCUUUCUGGAAUAUACCCUUUAUGCAUUUGUAGUCAGUACUUAAUUUAUGAGUAUAGAGGUGCUUAUUCCUGAGCUUGCUGGAUGCUACGCCCUUUGCCAUGAAAGCUCCUCUUUCCAGUCCCAGAUGUGUUUGGCUUGGUUGUGAUUGGUUCGCACUGAGGAGAAAGUACCCUGCUCUGCGCGCUCCAUGCUCUGUAACCCUGACAAGUGGGAUAGAUACAUUUUUUAAAUAGUGGAUGGUGGGAGUGCAUGGCAGCUGCUCCUCCCACAAACCCACCUUACAAGAGAUUAUACUUUCUUGUUGCCUGGAAUGAGCUGGCUGGAUAUUUUAACUGCAGGUGGCUUGAUGGGACAUCAUACAACUUUAGCAAAGGAAGUAGCUGCUUUCUAUAUCACAAAUGGGUGCCACAGACAACAGCAGGCAUUGUGUGUGUGCAUGCAUAGCUGGGCUCCUGUGUUGCAUGUUGGCACUAAGCAUUGCAGCAUUUGUUUGAGUAGUCAGUUACCUGGUACCGGGUAGAGUGGGCAGCUAGUGUUGAGCUGUUGUGUGUCACAUGAGGGGUGUGUGCCAUGUGGUUUGCCCUUUGCCCCUUAAAUUAGCCAUCUACACUCAAGUGCAGUGGAGGGGAAGGCAAGUGCAUCAACCUGUCCUUUGCCUGAGACAGAAAAAUGUAUUUGGCCAGUCAUGCCGAAAACUUAAAUUCCAGCAGCACAGAGUAAACCCUGUUGUUGCCUAGGAAUCUAUAAAGUGAGAUUGCUAGAUAUGAUACAACAAAGAGGCUUUUAACAUCAUGUGACUUAUUUGUCUGCAGGUUCCCCCAAAUUAAAGGUGGUAGCAUAAUCAUUUGCUUUGUUUUAAGACCUCUAAAGCUAAUGGCCCCUGAUGUUCAGGUUCUUAGUGCUAUUGAUCAGUACUACGGAUGGGAAACUGCACCAAUACUUGCAUUGUAGUUGGAGGGAAAGGGGGAAGGAGGAGUAUAAACUGAUUUUCUGAAGCCUGACCAAUCAGGGGGCUUAUAAAAACUAGUGUUGUCACCUGCCUAGUCUGAAAUUGGAUUGACCAUUUAUUUACUUCUCUAAUUCUUUGUCAUUUUUAGCAUGCAUUUUGGUAAAAAUUAUUGCACACAGUUAACAUGAAUCAACAUGUGCAAAACAAGCAAUUGCUUUGAAGGGAGCUGUCCUCUGAGGUGGCAGUUGUAAACUAUGCUAGACUGGGGCCGUAAAUCUCCCUGGCACUUAACAGUGUGGAAUAACCUGUUUGCAAAAUUUAGCAUUAACACACUAAGUCAAAAGAAUCCUUCAUUUAGAAUCGUAGCUUCAUUUUGUGCUAGUUACAUACCCGCUUAGCCUCUUUGCACAAUCCCAUACAAUAAAAAUAAUGCAACUUUCAACAUAUCAUUGCACUGAUUUCUUUUCCACACUCAUCUUAUACUUACUUUCUAUACCUGAAGGAUUAAAUACAUUAUAGAAAUAAAAUAAACCUGAAAAUUUCAUUUCUUGAAAGUAGCUAUGGACACCUAUGCCAGAUACCCUGACCUUUUUUAAAAAAGCAGUUGGUAAAAUUGCUAUCAAAUGUUUUGCUGACUUCAUAAACUAGAGUAAAUAAAGCAUCAGUUCCAUUUCUCUCUAUAAUAGCCAUCCAGCCCUAAGCAGCUGUACACUGAAGUAAGAGUGGGUCUUGUUUUGUGGUUUAAUAUGUUUAUCAUUGUAGUUUGUCACUAAGGGAAUGAUCCCCAUAAAGCUAAGCACUCUAAAUUCUUACCGUAAUUUCAUAAGGAGAGUGAAGAACUUUAAUUCUCCUAUCUGAACCUUGAAGUUGAAUGUCAGGAAGACUAGGCCUAUGGGUGAUACCCAACUAAGUUGUACUUGGAGAAGAUACACUGAAAAUCAAUGGAAUUUAUUUUCAGUCCAUUUAUUUCAGUGGGUCUGAUUUUGAGUAUGACUUAGUUGGAUAUCACUGUCUGUCUCUAAGCAACUUAACUGAGGCUCCUUGCUAUACAGAGUGCUUUUCUUUGACUUUUCUACUUACCUAUAGUUGUAUAAAAAUUACAUUGGCAUGAAGAGAUUUAAAUGUGUAUACUUCUCGAUAAGCCUUUCUAAUAAGUGUACACCUUCUAAUAUAUACUUUUAUGGAAAAUCAAAGGCUUGAUGCCCUUAUUCUCAGGGAUGAUCCUAAAGUGAUACAGCUGAAUUCUUACACUUUACAUAAUUGUCAGACAAACCGCUACCAAAAUAUUUGGGGUUGUUGUUGUUUAGUCGUUUAGUCGUGUUUGACUCUUUUUGACCCCAUGGACCAGAGCACGCCAGGUACUCCUGUCUUCCACUGCCUCCUGCAGUUUGGUCAAACUCAUGCUGGUAGCUUCGAGAACACUAUCCAACCAUCUCGUCCUCUGUUGUCCCCUUCUCCUUGUGCCCUCCAUCUUUCCCAACAUCAGGGUCUUUUCCAGGGAGUCUUCUCUUCUCAUAAGGUGGCCAAAGUAUUGGAGUCUCAGCUUCAGGAUCUGUCCUUCCAGUGAGCACUCAGGGCUGAUUUCCUUCAGAAUGGAUAGGUUUGAUCUUCUUGCAGUCCAUGGGACUCUCAGGAGUCUCCUCCAGCACCAUAAUUCAAAAGCAUCCAUUCUUGGGCGAUCAGCCUUCUUUAUGGUCCAGCUCUCACUUCCAUACAUCACUACUGGGAAAACCAUAGCUUUAACUAUUUGGACCUUUGUUGGCAAGGUGACGUCUCUGCAAUAUUUGGGGUAGUUUCCAGUAAUGAUGUAGUGUUAGCAAUGUGAGCUAUGAGCAAGCUCUCCAGAUUCCAUAAAGACCCUGAGCUAUGACUAAAUGGCAAUAGGAAAAUCACCAUAUUGGCCUUAGCGCCCUCCCCUGAGAGAAUAGUGAUUCACCUAAUAGGGUUGUUGUGGAUGAUUGAAAUAAAUUACAGUAAAUACUCAGAGCUAUAUAAAUGCUCAGUACUACUAUUGGUAUUCUAGCACAUCUACUAAAAUAUAUAAUUAGGACUAUGGUUUCUGCUUCUGUUUUAAAAAAAGAAAGUCAAUGACUAAAAAAGAAAAGAGAAAUUGGAUUGAAAGUGGGGCAGGUGUUACUAUUUCAAAUAAAGGCUACUAAAUACAGAAAUCGUAUCCUACUAAAAUGUUUCACAUCUUCCCUAUUGCAGGUGGGCUAUUAAAAAAGAGUGCAAAGCUAUUUUUCCUCCGACGGCACCAUCAAAAAGACCCAGGAAUGAGCCAGUCACAUAAUGACCUCAUCUACCUAGAGCAACCCACAUCGGACGGUACUCGAAAAAAGGGGGGGACUUUAACACGCAUUUUGAACAAGAAAAUUCUCUUCAAGAGCAAGAGCAAGAGCAAACUGAAUGGCACAUCAGUUGAACCGUAUGCAUAGAGCCUAGUACAUGCCAAAUGUAUAUGACCUGCACAUGAGCAACUGUUUACAGAAAUAUAAACUAUUAUAUGCUUACUGAGAUUCACUAAUGCUGUGGUCCAUGGAAAAGGCUGGGCAGCAAAGCAGGGACAUGGUAUUGGUAGAAGACUUAUGGCUAUUUUACAUUACAAAGACUAAGGCCUUAGUCCUAACCAUACUUACUUGGAAGUAAGCGCAUUGAAAUCAGCAGGCCUUAGUCCAAAAACACUUCUUUUUAGAUAUCAGGCUUAAAAUACAGUACCAGGGAGCUAUAGUGGACAAUUGUCUGCAUGAAUGUAUGUUAAUAGUGGCAUAUCAUGGUUCUGUUUUAAAGGAAAAGCAAUGAAGAGUAGCAAUACAAAUUUUAAACAGGGUAUCGAGCUGUAGAAGUGGAAAGAGCAAAGAAAUCCUGAUCCAGAUGUUCUGAAGUAGAAUACAUGCAUUUGCAAUGCAAUCUUGUAUAUAAUUACUCAGAAGCGAUUCCUGCAGUAUGCAGAGGCGCUUAAUCCCAGGUGCAGAGAAUUGCAGCCUCAGAAUGUUACUGGAAGGAAAAAUGAAAUGCUGAAUGGGGUAGCCUGAUAGAAUAAUAAUAAUUGCUAAAGCUGUGUAAAUUAGACUUGCUUUUGAUAGAUAGUAGCCAUACAAACUUGUAAUUUAUGCAAUUAUUAUGACUCUUAAUUUUAAUAUUAUGUGCAUAUACUAUGAAAAAACUUUUAUUUUUAAGAUGGUAUGCUGAUAAAUGACUUAAAACUUAUCUGUUAUCCUUUGAGAGAUCUGCAUUGCCAGUGCAGCACUGUAGUACGGGGAACCCACCAUUUGUUAGACAAAUGUACCCCAUCAUAACAAAAGUAAUGAAUGACAAUACAGUAUGUUUAGUCUUUUUUCUUUCUCAUUCCCAUUUUGGAACUAAAUACACACAUUGAGGGAUGUAUGUAUUUCAGUAUUGAAAUAGUUUGCUGUUUAGAAUAUCAACAAGGCUGGGGAAACCUUUACUGACUGGUAGGCAAGGGAAACAUAAUACAUGUGUAUAGCUUUAAACUGACAUUCGUAUUAUAUAUAUUUUUUACUGAAAUUGUAAACGUUAGCCUAUUUUAAUCAUUCUGACUUCAUUGGGACUUACUUUGGAACAGGUGGCUUGAUUGAAGUAAACAAUCAACCCUUGUUAACUUUUAUUCAGGCGAAACCUAUACCAAUACCACUGCUGCUUAUAACCACUGAAUCAAGAGAGAUCAUUGGGAUAAGGGAUACUGUUUCUGAUAUAUGCAUUAGUGAUUUACAUAAGUUAUAAUGAUGGUUUGGAUGCAGCAUUCUAAAGGCCAAUAUGCAAAAGAAGGCUGUUGAGGUGAAGCAACAGUUUCCAGUAUGUUGGGCAAAUGCUAGCUUCUAAUAUGAAAGCUUAUUAUAGAUUGACUGUUAAGAGUAUUAACUUAUAAAAAUGAAAUAUUUGUGUAUAAGCUCCAUGUGAUCUUAGUUAACGCUUUCUUGGAGGUAAGGCCCAUUUCAUAAUGGAUGGGGCUUGCUUCCAUGUAAAUGAAUUUAGGAUGGAUUGCAAAUGCAUUCAGUUAUGAUUUUGCUUUAUUGUAUAGCUUGACAAUGGCACAUAAGUGGAAUGAAAUGCAAAACUGUUUUUAGAAAGAGAAGCACUUGUUGCUCUAACUUACAAAUACUUGAAGACAUUUAAAAACUAUUUGAAAACCUUAAAGCUCUGUUGCUGGAUUUUUUUUAAAAAAUGCCAAAGGUG